AGAGAAAGCAAGGUAGAAUAGUCGAUAGUCAAAUAUUGGUUGUAGGAUAUAUAGAUAGAUAGCAGUCACGUAUGAAUUAUGAAAGGUAGCGUUUGGUUUGCAGUUUGCAGUGUGGGAUGGAGGGUGCGUUUGGGAAUCCAAUAGAGUGUUUGGGGAAAGGGUUUGAUCUGACAAGUGAUUUUCGAUUGAAGUUUGCGAAGGGAAAGGGGAAGAGGUUGGUGCUGAUUGACCAACUCAAGAAAAGAGACAUUACGCUUCCUGUUCCUGGCGGACUCACCAUUCCCGAUGUUUCCGAGGAUAUCCGCUGCGACAAGGGGGACCGCCUUCGCUUCAAAUCCGAUGUUCUUCAAUUCAACCAGAUGUCUGAGUUGCUUAAUCAAAAAUCAGCUAUACAAGGAAAAAUUCCUUCUGGCUAUUUUAACGCUCUUUUUGAUUUGAGUGGUGAAUGGUUUCGUGAUGCUCAUGACAUCAAAUAUCUUGCCUUUGAUGGUUAUUUCAUUUCACUCUACUAUUUGCACCUCACUGCUUCACACCUCAUUCUGCAAGACGAAGUAAAGAAGUCUGUUCCACCUCAGUGGGAUCCAGCUUCAUUAUCCAGGUUCAUUCAGACAUACGGUACACACAUAAUAAUAGGUAUGGCUAUUGGAGGUCAAGAUGUAAUCUGUGUCAAACAAAAACAUUCUUCAAAGGUUCCGCCUGGUGAUCUUAGAAGACAUUUAGAAAAUCUUGGAGAUUUUUUGUUUUCAGAUUUAAGAAGCCCUUCUCAACUACCAACGAUCACCAUAGAAGACAGACAAAAAGUUCCUGAGGUCUUUAAUCGUGCGAUGCAAUCAAGCACAAUGCAGCUUACCAGCAUUUCAGAAACAUCAAGCAAGGAUGGCCUCACUAUCAUUUGUUCGAAAAGAGGAGGAAAUGUGUUCAACCACAAUCACUCAAAUUGGCUCCAGACAGUGGCUUCUAAUCCUGAAGCAAUCCUCUUCAAGUUUGUACCUAUUUCCUCACUUCUCACAGGAAUUCGUGGAAGUGGCUAUCUUAGUCAUGCAAUCAAUUUGUAUUUACGUUAUAAGCCCCCUCCCGAAGAUUUACAGUGCUUCUUGGAGUUCCAAAUUCCAAGGCAAUGGGCACCUAUGUUUUAUGAGCUACCUCUAAGGCAUCAAAGGAAAAAGACUUCUUCCCCUUCCUUGCAAUUCAGUCUCAUGAGUCCCAAGCUUCAUGUCAGCUCUGCACAGGUAGUAAGUGAAGAAAAGCCUGUGGUAGGCCUUCGCUUGUACUUAGAAGGCAGAAAAUGUGACAAACUUGCAAUACAUGUAAACCACCUUUCAAGCCUCCCAAACACAAUGAUCCACUCUUCAGGCACAUCUUUGUGGAGAGGUUCUGAUUCUAAUGAUGAUGAAUUCAGCAGUGACCAGUUUCUGGAACCAAUAAGGUGGAAGGGAUUUGCAAACGUGUGCACCUCAGUGGUCAAGCAUGACCCUAACUGGUUGCAUGAAUCAAGUGGUGUUUACAUUGUAACAGGUGCACAACUCAUUAGCAAAGGAAGUUGGCCAAAGAAUGUGCUUCACUUGCGUCUCUUAUAUACCAACAUACCAAAUUGUAGUAUCAGGAAGUCAGAUUGGAGUGGUGCACCUGAGGCUUCAAGAAAAUCAUCUUUUUUCACAAAUCUAAGCACAACGUUUUCAUUCACGCAGCAACCAAGUGUCAAUGCUAAUACUCAGAAGCAGGCUCCAACUACAAUUGACUCUGGUGUAUAUCCUGACGGUCCACCUGUGCCUGUUCGUUCUGGAAAACUGCUUAAAUAUGUGGAUACAAGUGAGGUUGUGAGGGGUCCACAUGAUGCUCCUGGCCAUUGGUUGGUAACAGCUGCUAAGCUUGUGACUGAGGGUGGCAAGAUUGGAUUGCAGGUCAAGUUUGCAUUGUUAGACUACUAGUUAAUAACAUGUUACUUCUCUUUUAUGUAUAUGUAGAGUAGAGAAAUAUUGGUGGAUUUCAUUUGUUGCUUAAUUUUUUUGUGAAAUUACAAAUCACAUGUACAUAUGCAUAUGUUUUCUGAUGACUUUGUACAGCACAGUAUACACAAAUUAAUUGAGUUGUGGUUAACUUCAGCUAAUAGAAAAGUUAAAACAUUAUC